AUGUGGUUAAAUUUGUUUAUCUCAGGUGAAAAGAACAUGAUUCCUGAGAACUUGCCAAUGGGGAUUUUAUUCUUUUCUCAAACAGCUGUGGGGAUCCUUGGCAACUGGUCAAUUCUCCUUCAUUAUGUCACAUCAGUAGUCACUGGAAAAAGUUUGAUGCCCAAAGACCAGAUUGUGAAACAUCUGACUUUAGCCAAUUCCUUGGUUAUUAUCUCAAGGGUAACUCCUCACAUAAUGGUACAGCUGGGGUUGCAGUAUCUCCUGGAUGACCUCUUAUGUAAACUUACUCUCUCCAGUAACAGAGUGUUCCGGGGUGUUUCCUUACACUGCACCUGCCUCUUGAGUUGCUUCCAAGCAAUCACAAUCAGCCUCAGCCACUCCAGGUUGAUGACACUUACACACUCUGUCUCCAAAUACAUGAUUCAGUUCUGCUCUGUAAACUGGCUUUUGCAUCUGCUUCUAAACAUCAAGACAGCUAUAGAUGUGGUUGGACCAAAUACUAUAAAAAAUUUCACCAGGAAAAUCAAGUUAGGGUACUGUUCAGCAUUUGCUUUUGGCAAUAGUGUUACUGGACUACAUUUGUUCUUUGUUUGUUUCAUUGAUGGUCUGUGUUUGAGUCUCAUGGUAUGGGCCAGUGUCUUCAUGGUGAACAUUCUCUAUAGGCACAAAAAUCAGUUACAAUACAUUCACAGUGCCCAGCAUCCCCUCAGAGUCUCCCCUGAAGACAGAGCCACAAAAACCAUUUUGAUCCUUGUGUGCACUUUUGUCCUCUCAUACUCAAUGUCAUUCAUACUUGUUAUCUAUACUGUGGUUUUUGACAAUCCAAGGAUGUGGAUAAUAAAUAUAUUUACAUUCUUAGACACAUGCUUUCCCACAUUUUGUCCCUUCAUCCUUAUCAGUAAUAACCAGUCCACUCCCAAGAAUUCUUUCCCCUGCUGUAGCAGAAGGAUAUUCAUAAUGGGCACUUGUGUGUUAUGA